AUGAAUAUAAUCACAGCCUCUACUGGAGGACCAGUGCUCUUACCUAGUACAGAUUGUGAUGAAGUUUUUCCUGGGAUAGUGCUAGGAGAGGGAAUUGUGGCCAAGAGUCCUUCAACGUUAAAAAAACUGAGAAUAACCCACAUUUUAAACACAGCGCUGGGUAAAACCAGAUAUCAUGUCAACUCUAAUCAUGUGAUGUACAGGAAAUACGAUAUCCAGUUUAAAGGUAUCGAAGCUACAGACCAGAUGAACUUUGACCUCUCACUUUAUUUCUAUUCUUGUGCUGAAUUUAUACAUGAUGCUUUACAGAAAGACGGUGAAGUUUAUGUCCAUUGUGUACAAGGUGUGAGUCGUUCAGCCACCAUAGUAAUAGCAUAUCUAAUGAUCAAACAUCACAUGACAGCUCAAGAUGCAUUACGGUUGGUCAGAAGUAAAAGAGAGGUGUGUCCUAAUGAUGGCUUCCUACAACAACUGUGUGAUUUGAAUACGAAACUAACCAAAUCAGGACAUUUCAAAACACAAGACAGGACUUAA